AUGACCAUUUGUUUCGCUCCAACUUCUCUUUGUCAAGCUCUUGAAGCGGCAUCAGAGGGCGACGACGAGGGCAGCGUCACUUCCCCCACUGCAGCGCAGCGAGCAGUGUUUGUAGCCCUCCGUCGCGGCACUGUGCUCGUCAAGCGAGCAAACCGGCGGCUCCGGAGUCGUACCCCGGCGCCAGUUGCGCGUUUUGUCCUCUUGCAAGACGUUCCGUCCCCGCGGAGGAGCAUCAUCAUCAUCAUCAUCAUCAUCAUCAUCAUCAUCAUCAUCAUCAUCAUCAUCAUCAUCAUCAUCAUCAUCAUCAUCAUCAUCAUCAUCAUCAUCAUCAUCAUCAUCAUCAUCAUCAUCAUCAUCAUCAUCAUCAUCAUCAUCAUCAUCAUCAUCAUCAUCAUCAUCAUCAUCAUCAUCAUCAUCAUCAUCAUCAUCAUCAUCAUCAUCAUCAUCAUCAUCAUCAUCAUCAUCAUCAUCAUCAUCAUCAUCAUCAUCAUCAUCAUCAUCAUCAUCAUCAUCAUCAUCAUCAUCAUCAUCAUCAUCAUCAUCAUCAUCAUCAUCAUCAUCAUCAUCAUCAUCAUCAUCAUCAUCAUCAUCAUCAUCAUCAUCAUCAUCAUCAUCAUCAUCAUCAUCAUCAUCAUCAUCAUCAUCAUCAUCAUCAUCAUCAUCAUCAUCAUCAUCAUCAUCAUCAUCAUCAUCAUCAUCAUCAUCAUCAUCAUCAUCAUCAUCAUCAUCAUCAUCAUCAUCAUCAUCAUCAUCAUCAUCAUCAGCAGCAGCAGCAGCAGCAGCAGCAGCAGCAGCAGCAGCAGCAGCGUUUCUUCUGACCUCGUUACAGUUUACGGUCGCGCGGCCAUGGCGGAAUUCGCAGCUCGUCACGCCGCCGUUGCCGACGGAAAUGCUAUUCCGUGCGAAAAAGCUCCGGCAGCGGCGGCGGCGGCGGCGGCGGCGGCGGCGGCGGCGGCGGCGGCGGUGGUCCCGGUGCUUACAGUGCCGAUGAACGCGUCGGCCGGUGAGGCACUGCCGCAUUUGCUGCUGCAUUCCGCGUCGCUGCGGCACUUUCGGAUGCUGUCUACUCUCGUGGGUUCUCGUCCUUCCCACUGCUACCCUUCUCCUUACACUUACGCCUGUGCAUCCCUCCUCCCCUUCCCCUCCUUUUCCUCCCCUCCCCCUCCGCUUCCACCCCCGUCCUUCCCCCCCCCCUUCUUCCCCUCUUUCCUCCCCUUUCCCCCCCUUCCCCCAGUGCCCGUGCUGCUGCAGCUGCAGAACACGCUCGAGCUCGUACAGUACAACUGGGCGGGCGCGGGGGACUGCGCGCUCGCCGCAGAACUGGGGGAGGCGGAAACCGGGGGGAAAACAGGGGGAGAACCGGGGGAAAUGGCGGCUUCGGCAGCGGCGGCGGCUGGUGGGGCGGCGGAGCCGUUCAUUCCCCUGAGGGGGAAGGCUGCGGGGGGAGUGGGGCGCGCGGGGUGGGCGGGGGUGGCGUGUGACGCGCGGGGGAACCCCGUCCGCAUGGAGUUCCCCCAGCAGGGCCUCACGGGACAUCUGCCUCUUGACGUCUCCAAGCUGACGUCACUCACCAAGAUUGACCUCCAGAAAAACCUCAUUAUAGAGCGACUCGAUGUCUUUAUCAAGCCUCUGGAAGGACUAACCAACUUACAGCACUUGGACCUCUCUUCCAAUUUCCUCUUCGGCAGCAUCCAGCCGUCCAUCACCGCUGCCUUUCCACGCCUCACAGCACUGAUGCUAUCAAGCAACCGCCUCACGGGCCGCAUCCCGUCGCGCCUCCCUCCUCUCCUCUCCACCCUCUCCCUCUCCUCCAACUACCUCUCAGGUCCCCUCCCCCGCACCCCCUUCCUCUCCUCCCCCGCCUCCUUCUCCCUCAAUUGCUUCACCCAACAAGGCCUCGCCUCCUGCCUCGCCUCCCGAACCAGCCAACCAGGCUCGGCUGCGCCGGACCUGGCGUCUCUUGUGGAGCAGCAGCGGCCAGAGCAGCAGUGUGGGGAGGCACUGUGUGGGGGGAUGAGCGAACAGGGGGAGUACUCAUCAUCGUCAAACAAGUCUGGUGGUGUUUGGGUGAUCGAGAAUCAUGGCGCGGGUUUACAAGUGUCUGGGUCGCAAGAAAGCCACCUGGCUUCGCCUUUAUCGAGUUCGACGAUCAUAGGGAUGCUCAAGAUGCCAUUCGAGCUCUUAACGGCAAGCAAGGCUGGCGUGUUGAGCUUUCACGUGCCUCCGGCGGAGGUGGAGGUGGUCCAGUGCCUGUGCGAAGGGGAGGCGACGACAUGCGAUGCUACGAGUGCGGCGAACCCGGUCAUUUCGCGCGCGAGUGUCGCAUGCGUCUCGGAGGAGGCGGAGGCGGAGGGCGCGGUCGCAGCCCUCCUCGGUAUCGCCGAAGCCCGGAUUACGGUCGCGAGCGGGACGAUUCCCCCCGGCCUCGCCUGA